AUGCACGUCUCUAUGCUCCUCAUGCCUCAGGAAGAAAAGAGCGUCCUCAAGCACACAACUACCGCCCGCGACACCACCAUCGCCAUGCAGGCCAUCACGAUCGAGCGCCUGGAAGGGAAACUUGCCGCCGCUAACAACGGUUCCCGAGCUACGAUUUGGAUCGGGAGUCUACUCCCCGCCCUUCUCUGCUUCCCUCUUACAACUCACCAGAGAAACUUCGUGAACAGUGGAAGAAACUUUUUGGAAAAUACAAUCAUCACCCUGCAAGAAGAAAUCACCGGCCUAAAAGCCGCAAUCGACCAAGUCAAGUCGCAAAGCGACAAGCACCAGCCGAAACGGACCCGCGCGCCCGAAUGUGUCGCCGCCUCCGCCUUGAGUACGAAGGUCGCUGUCAAGUCCUAUCGCGCCGUUUCUCCCGAGAAGAAAUCCAAAAAGCGUACAUCGGCUCUCGAAGCGAUGGCCAACUUCAACCAGUUCAAUGCGAUACUGCAACAUGCCGUGGACGCCGCCCCAGAUGAGGGUAAAUACCUGGGCGGCUUCAUUUGCCACGGACUUCAUGGAGGUGGGCUUGUUGAAGGCGGAACAAAAGCGUCGCGAGAAGCGGAAACAGAUUAUAUUUUUCUGUUCUCCUUGGUGUCCUAG